GUCAUUGAAUUUUGAAAAACGCCAAAAUAUACUUUCCCAAGCCAAUCAUUUUAACGGACUUGAAAUCGUAACAAAUUUUCUCAAUUUUAAUUAAAGUACAUUUCUUAAGAUACAAAGAAUCAUUCUUCCCGAAUCAAAUCUGAAUUUCCACAAAAUGGGUCGUCCCACUGAGAUAAAACUCAAUAAUCCACCAGCAGAUGUCAUAUCUUCGGUUAAAUUCGGUCCCGACUCGAAUCAAUAUCUCAUUUCGUCUUCUUGGGACGGAACUGUCCGGUUCUAUGAUGUGGUCAAUAAUUCCCUGCGACAGAAGUUCGUCCAUGAUGUCCCAGUUCUUGAUGUCGCUUUUGUGGACAUCGUCCACGCUGUCAGCGGCAGUCUCGAAGGCCAACUGAAGCUCUUCGACGUCAACACUCACACCGAAAGUGUAGUUGGAAGUCACGAUAUGGCAGUGCGUUGUGUGGAGUACGUGGACAAGGUGAAUGGUAUCCUCUCGGGAAGUUGGGACAAAACCAUCAAAUUGUGGGAUGUGCGAGACAAGCAAUGCGUCGGCACCUACGAACAAAGCAACGGCAAAGUCUACUCGAUGAGUGUCAAGGAAGAGAAGAUAGUCGUAGCCACUUCGGACAGAAAAGUUCUCAUCUGGGAUCUUCGCAACAUGGCGCAAUACAUGAUGAAGCGAGAAUCCUCGCUGAAGUACCAAACCCGAAGCAUUCGAAUCUAUCCCAACAAAGAGGGCUACGUGAUGAGCUCCAUUGAGGGUCGAGUGGCUGUGGAAUACUUCGAUCCCGACCCAGAAGUCCAAAAGAAGAAAUUCGCCUUCAAAUGUCAUCGCAACAAGGAGGACAACAUGGAGACCAUCUAUCCUGUCAACGCUAUCAGCUUCCACAAUGUCUACAACACCUUCGCCACAGGUGGCUCGGAUGGAUUCGUCAACAUCUGGGACGGAUUCAAUAAGAAACGUCUGUGCCAAUUCCAUCAGUACGACACUUCCAUUGCCUCAUUGCACUUCUCCAACGAUGGCAGUACUCUGGCCAUAGCUUGCUCCUAUUUGGAUGAAUUUGAGACUCCUCCACCGACUGCCCACGAUCCUACAAUUUAUGUGCGAUAUGUCAAUGACCAAGAAACCAAACCGAAAUGAUAAAAUUUGGACAGGAGAAGUUGCUUUAGUUUUAGCCCAAUAACAAUAAGUGUGUAUUUCUGUUUCUCUGUUUUCCUUUUUUGUAAGGUGAUGAUGAUGAUCUUCUUUUUAAAUAAAUGGCUGAUAUUUGAUGUGUAAGUCCCUGAAAAUGUUGA